GGCGAGCGGCCAGGUAAGCCGACGAGCCGACACUAGUGGGGCUGACUUGCGCGUCUUCGAGCCGUCGGGAUACACGACGAGCGGCACUGUUGUUGUAUCUUACCGUCGUGCUACGCGUGUUACGUUGUCGGGUCCGUCGCAUUGUCGUCGUCGUAGUCGUUCCGUCGUGGUGUCGCUACGUUGAACGAUCCGGAUGCAUCUUUAUCCGCCUGUAUCUCGCGGCCUCCUCCGUCCCUUCCUCUCUCUGCGCACGACGAAGGGCGCGAUCGCUCCUAAGGGUUGAUCGCGCGUCGCGCCGACAAGAGCGCGAGUUUCCUUCCCGCGCGUUUUCCAGAGCACCGUGAAGUUGGCUACGUUCGCCGCCAUCCCUGCCUCGACGACAGAACGUUGGCGCGCUUCCAAGCGACUUGACGUACCGGCCACGUUGUCGUCGACCGCCGCUGGUCUCGAGAGCACGCUUUCGUUGCCAUUGUUCGUUGUUGAUCGUUCCCAUUAUCGGGGUGAUGAACGACAAGUUUCGCACGAUCAAGCGGACUCGCUUGAAUAUGCGCGAUUGUGUCUCGCGACGUGCAGCUGCCAUUGACGCGAUUCGCUCGGUUAACAGCACCGGUGCCUGUGUGUAAUACAAGCAGUGCCGCAGACGCGAUAGUGACGCGACGGUGAACGCCUGGCUUCGGAGCGGCUCGGAAUUUACUCCUGGUAUCGAUAUCGAGGCGUAGUAAUUUGUGUAACAACUUUGUGCGCGAACAAUCGAGCAUCGUCGAUCGGGCUCGAUCGGAAGAAUCGCAAAAGUGAAGCGCGAAGUGAGCCACGAGGAGGGCAAAGAGUGACAAAGAGGGACAGCGGCGUCGUUAGAUGCGAGGAUUUUAAAAGCAGCUCCCGGAGGCCAGCCCGACGCAAUGCGUCGACGCUGCUGACGCAAACGCGCCUGGAUGCGUCUCACUCUUAGCACGUUACCACAGCUUGCCGUUUUAGCGAAGAUUUUGUGCCUCCUGAUGGUGGUGAUGUGCGGGGCGGUGCCGGCGAUGGUGCGCUCCGUGAGUCUCUACUCGACUUGCAGCAGCGGCAAUGUUACCGUAAUAGGCCGCUCGAUCAAAGCCAUGAGCCGCAACGAUCACAAUGAUGCACCCUACCAGAAACUCACCACACAAUCGGAAGAUUUCAGUAGGAAGCUGUACAUCUUUGCGGAGAAGAGCCAACGAUACAUUUGCUUCAAUAAGCGGUGGAAACUUGUCGGCCUGCCUAAGAAGCAAAAGGGACCGAUGUGCCAGUUUUACGAAGUAUACAACGGCUCGUAUCUGAGGUACAGGAGCGUGGUCGACGGCUCGCGAUACAUCGGCUUCAACAAGUAUGGCAAGCCGAUGAAAAACCCCCACGGCAGACAGGAGUGCUUCAACUUCAUCAAGUACAACCCCCACGCCGACAUAAACCACCACAACAGCCUAGUGAACGCGGAGAUGGGCGGUAUGGAGCCGCGGGAGCCGUUCGUCGUCUCGAGGAAGCCAUCGCCGGUGAUGAGGGCCACGAAGAACUCCCUGUUGCAGGCCGACAGCGCGAGGGAGCACGCGCACACGUCCACGCAUCGCCAUCGGCAUUCGAAUCGCUGGAAGAUGCGGCAGGACGGAGCGGACUCGGGGCCCCGGAGACGACACGAGAGUCGCCUCCUCGUCGAGGCCAGCAGCAAGUAUUGAGCCGCGUGCGAGCUCGCCGAUCAAGACUGCCUCCUCCAUUACCCCGUGAGAACCUGAGAUCAGACUGCCAAAUAUAUAUACGCUGGUGGACCGCUCGUGGUCGGGAUGUCAGGAGCCCACUUAACGGCGCCUCGUGAGUCGCGACUCGAAGCACCACGUAUUCGUUCGAAUUCGGUCGGCGAAUCGAGAGCGUGGACGCGACCGCUUGCGAGAACCGUGUGCGAGAACGCGCGCAUACACACGCACACAUACGCACGCCUUAUAGCUGCGCCCGUUCAGUUUCCGUUUCCGCCCGGGUGACGUUUCCGCGGCGGGAACGGGCGUCGUCGUCGAGCGUCGUCACUUGACGUAAGAUCGAGGGAGACGCGGGACGACCUGGAAGCGCGAGCGCGCGAGUUCCCGCCCGACGAAGCUAUCUCGAUUUCACGCGGUUAAGUUCGAUUUACACUUGCCCCGACUGACCCCUUCAGGCAAGUACGUACCUCGUAACGAUAAGAGCGUUUUUUUUUUCUAAUCAUUGAUUCCUCGUGAGUUUGGUUCGCGCGAUGAAUCGUUCGUUAUCUCUCUGUUCUCGUCUCUUUUUUUUAUACAUUCAAUCACUCUCUCUCUCUCUCCUCUCUCUCUCUCUCUCUUUUUCUCGCUCUAUCUAUUUAUCUACCUAGUUAUCUAUCCUUCUUUCUUUCUUUUCUUAAUCUCGUGACGAAGCGUGGCCAAUUAGUACAUAUUUCUUUCACACUCGAUGCUGCGCGUCGCGAUAAACUGCGAUACAGUCAUGUAAAUUCGUUUGAGCCGUUAUUGCCCAAUCGAUCGUUUGAUGCGAAUGGAAGAAAUUCACGUCGUAGAAACGCAACCGAACGGCUGCUGUGCUUCGAGCGCGGUCACUGGCCCGCGAUGGUAGCGCAAAAAGACGCGCGGACGACGCACGCCGAUGGACGUGUCUUCCGGACUUGCCCGACAAAGGUAUCCGGAUAUCGUGAAAUGUUCAAUAUACACAUUCAUAUAUUUUUUCCGAAAUUAAAAAAUUAAUACAAUUAUCGUAAUCUUAAUUUGUUGAAAAAUGAAAUUGAUAUAAAAAAAUUCGAUAAAAUGCCCGAUAUUGGUGCAACUCGAUACGAGGAAACCAAGAAACAAAUAGACGAUUUUGUUUAUAUUAUACUGAUGACCCCACUCAUUGAUUCGGCUCUUUUUCAAAUUUAUGCGUAAGAGGAUCACGAUGUCCGGUUGCGGUCGAUUCCUUCCCCCGGGAAUCAAAGCGGGAACGGAUUGUCGGCGCUGGUCCAGCGAAGAAAUACUCGUCACAUCGCGGAUGCUCGUACGUCGUCGUUCUUACGCCCUCCUGCGCAGUUAGAGCUCACGCCGCGCAAGACUCUCUCGCUCGCUGUGCUAAUUACGCCGCCUAACGUAGCGUGCGUGCGUGCCUGCCCGCGUGUAUGAAUAAUGUGUGCGUGCCUGCCUGCGUGUUCGCGACGCAGGCCUUACCGCCGCCGACGCACAAACUCAUGGUACGAUCGAUUACGAACGUGCCGAGAGUAUAUGACGACCGACGACAGUUCUCCGAGUUUCUUCUUCGAAUAAUUCAAGCUUAUAUUUUCCCCUCGAGUCGUCGAUGUGUUUCACGGCUACGAUGAAUUUUAUAUAUAUCGAGAAUAUCCUGGAAGAUUAAUAACGAUGUCAUUGCGUGGCUUUGAGAUACAAGAAACACAAUGUUUCAGAUGCGGGACAUUUGAAGGCUUAAUGUAAACAAGGCUCGAAAAGGAGCGUCACGUUUUCAAAAAAUAUUACUUUUGUAUUUAUAUAAGAGCUCUCUAUGCUAAUAUAUUGGCAGCAGGCAAGCUGUACACGUAAUUUUUGAGAAUUCUUAUGAGAUACGCAAUGAAAGAAAGAAAGAAAGAAAAGAUAAAGAGUAUAUUUCUAUAAAAUGGCAUCGAUUGAAAAACUAUCGACGUAUAUUUUCUAAAUAAUUUCCCACGUGAAAUCUAUCUCGAGACACUUUUCCUUUCGAGCAUUCGGACAACGGCGAUCGGUUGGAACUGCAUGUUUGUGCGCGAGCAUAUAUUAUAUUUGUGUGCAUUUUGCGUGCAUACGUAUUUCGCCUCCGGAACGCGUGUGAAUGCGUGUAAUAUAUAAUGCAUUAUCGUUAAUGAACUUAAUCCUUAGAAUGCUAUCGCAGACUGUAUUAUUAGGCUAGGUACAUGAAUAUAUGACGCGGUGGCGACUCGACGAAGGGAGCCAGGGACGCCGAGUUCUUUUUGCGAGAACGUCUCGUGCGAUCUUAUUUUUCGCUUCUAUUUUCCCGACUGGACGCCGUCCUCGCGCGUCGCGCCGUUUUAUCUUCUACAGGCACGAGAAAGGCACCCUGGGCUGAUUCCACUUUCGCAGAUUCGCCACGUAAGGAGCGCCUGUUCCCUCUCCCCUUGAAAGAAAAAAAAAAGAGAUCAAUCCCUAUAUAGGUAGCUUAUUUAUUGAAAUCAUGUCUAGGUACUACGAAAGCCGAAACGCCCGAGAGACUCUU